AUGGAGAAAUCGAAAAACUUUCGCAUCGACGCCCUGCUCGCAGACGAGCCCAACCGGGCCAGCCGAGACGUGUCCCCGGGCCUGAGUUGCGACAGCCCGGCGGGGAGCCCCGUGGCCUGCCGCCGCGGGGACGCGCCGUCCACUCGGGCCGCCGCGCAGCUCCACGCGUCAGGAAGAAUCCCCAAAGCCAGCGUUCUCAACCUCGCGCACCCGGGACUGGCUUCCGUGCACCAGGCUGCCCUGCCGGGCAUGUACCCGGCACCCAUGUACCCGUUGUCGGCUUUGGGCGCCCAGCACCCUGCCUUCGCCUACAGCGGCUUUACGCAGCUGAAUCACGCCUACCCGGAGUACCUGAAGGCGGCCGCCGCCAUGGCGGGCUCGAUGCCCCCGGAGCACUGGAUCCGGGCUGGGAUUAUGAUGCCGAGAUUGACAGAUUACAGCGUUGAGUGGUCAGGCCCCCAGUCUGGUCUGUUGGGAAAGUGCCGGAGGCCUCGCACGGCCUUCACCAGUCAGCAGCUGCUGGAGCUGGAGAACCAGUUCAAACUCAACAAGUACCUGUCCAGACCCAAACGCUUCGAAGUGGCCACCUCCCUUAUGCUGACGGAAACGCAAGUCAAGAUCUGGUUCCAAAACCGGAGAAUGAAGUGGAAGCGGAGUCGGAAGGCCAAGGAGCAGGCCAGCGCUUCGGGCCAGUCUGAAGGCGCUGGUGGAAAAACAGCCGGCAACAAACCCGGUGAGAAAAGGCCUCGGCGCGGGAAUCCGGAGGACGGAGGUGUGGAUCUACUUUUGGGGGAUGGUGAUGAAGAAGAGGAGGAGGAGGAGGAGGAAGAGGAAGAGGAAGAGGAGGAAGAAACCCAGCACGGUUUUUCGGUGGUGAUGGGGAACCGCGUCGGGACGCCGCGAUCCACGGACUUCUUGCAGCGCAGCGCCGACGUGGGCUUCAACCCCCACAGUCCUUUCUCUGAAGACGAGCUGGAGGGAGUGCAAACUGGAGGAGGAGACAGGAAGAUGGUGGCGGGACUGUGAGACGACUGCACAUUUGAUUUCAGGGACACACUCACUUGAAGGCAGAUUCCACGAUGAAAAAGAAUGUGAACGACCGCAACAUUUGUUCUUAACUCUUAAAUACGAUCGGCAAUUACGACCCCCGGGACCAAGAAUGGCCUCGUGAUGAUUGUCCACGAGAUCUUUUCAAAAUAUUUGAAUAGCCUCUCUGACAUUCAGAAAUGGAUGAUUCAUCCUGAAAGAAUGUUCCAGAGGAAAGGGGAAGCGUAUUUUUAUUUGCUACGUUGCAUGUACAGGUCACGCCCUCUGACCUCUGUUGUGUUCGCUUACGUUCAGUAUGCCGCAUCAUUCUUAAGCUGUUUUACUCUUUCACUGUUUCGAGAUUGCCCAUGAUUCUUCCAACACCUACAGGUGCAUGUUUCUGCGGAAAACUGUGCAAAUGCGGUGGGAACGCAAACAGUUCUCUGGACUCUUUCAAGUUCCUCCAAGUGCCCCAUGAAAAUUCACAUAACAGUACACUCGACUUGGACUUUUUGACAUUCCCCCCCAUAACCCUUCAAUGACCAAAUGUGGCAGCAACACAACACAGAAAGUUUUCAGGACUGUUUGAAACUUUGUAGGAUCUGUCCAAAAGACUCACGUUUUAAAAAAAAAAAUAAAAAUAAAAAAUGACUCUUUGUGGGUCACUUUAGGAAAAUAAAAAAAUAAAUAAAAACAUCAUCAAAUUUUGGUGUGAGCGAAUGACAUUUUGUGGCGAUGUGGUAAAUAACAAGACGAGGAAAUGAGAACCAGUUAUGUCACUUUCGUCUCCACAUACAAGCUGAGUGUUUUCGCAUCGAACAGCCAACCACUCCCUUUGACGCCAACAACUCAUUGUGGCGCUUUCAUCUCCUGCGCCUCCCUUGAAGAAAACACGCUCCUGGUGAAUGUCUCCCUCUUGGGGGGGGUCACCACAAUUUUCGAGUAUUUUCAUUGCUGUCAAAUUUGAACCCAGACACUCUGCAAAUGUCGAUUUCUAAAAUGACAGCCACAUUGUGAUUCAAUAUCAUCAAAGUACUCCCAUCAUCAUCAUCAUCAUCAUCAGUCGUGCCUCACCUUCAGGCCACCUUGUCUCCACCUUCUCAACUCACGUGAUCAUGUCAUGUAAGAUAACACGUCGUGUAUAGAAGUACAUGGAAAGGUUCUGUAUAAAUGGCGCUGUAACUUCCCAACGCGCAUGCAAGCUUUGGCACCACAUCUUAAGACGCAUCUUAUUUAUGUUCAUUUUCCAUGUGAUGUUGCACCUUCCGCCUGUUUUACUUCUCAAGCGGUUUUCGACUUUGUGCUAUGUGGAAAUGAAUUGAAUUGAUUUGAUUUGUUGCAAA